AUGGUGGCGAUGAAAGGAGCCAUUAAGGCCACGACAACCCUCUUCCUUCUCUCGAGUCUCUCGUCUUCAUCAGCGUUUCAGAAUUAUGAUUCUGUGAUCUCGCCAGCCCCGAAGGAAAGCACUUCUUUCUGGCAAGUGGAAAUCAAUGAGUUCUUUAAGAAAGCAGUGCCAGCUCCUUUCCGACAAUCCAUAUCUAUCUUUUACGAAAAAGAUGAUGAAUUGGAUCCUGAAGAUUUCAUCACAAUAAUCACAGCAGCACCAAGUUCGCCUGGCUUUCCUCGGCCAUUGUGGGCGGUGCUUAUGGCCAGCAUUCCCACGGGUCUUUUCUGGUAUGCUUACUACAAAUUUGCUGUCGAGGAGGAGCUACUCCAAACAGAAAUCAAGCAGGGGAAAGAACCACGAGGACUUGGUGGUUACGGGACACUAGGGCCUUUUACAUAUGGACUACUCUUGGGACCCAUUGCUGAAAUCUUAGAUACACCUGGUGGAAUGCAGUGGUCUCUUCUCUCGGGUGUAUAUUUGUUUUGCUCGCAAGUUUUGCUCUAUGAACGUGUCAAUGAUCUCUAUCACGAAGAAGGUCGUGAAAGGCCACUUCAGGCAUGGUGGAGUCUGCCAUUGUUUUUUCCAUUCAACAUUAUUGUUGGAUUGCGCCAAGUUCAUUUCUUAUCGCAAUAUCUUUCUCGGCAAAGGGGUCUCAAACUUGCAAAAGAUCCCGUCUGCGAUUUGUUUCCAUUCAUUGAGGUUGAAUCUCUUACUUGGCAACAGUUCAUGGUUAGCCCAAAACUGUGGUGCUCUUGGUUUCGGGAUAUUGAUAACCUUGACCCAAAUUUCCUGCUCCCAAAGGAUUGGCAACCAGUAGAUUGA